CCGCCGCCGCGCGGCAAGGUCAGUCCGCGCGGAGCCGCGCACCGCGCAGCCUCCGCGGCCAGCGCCGCGCUCCCGCCCGCGCCUCCCUAACAUGCAGCGGCGGCCGGGGGCCAGCAGCACCGUGCCGGUGAGCCAGCCCGGCCGGCAGACCUCCGCUUAGCUGCCCGGCCGGCGUCAGGGAGGGCGAGCGAGGAGGGGGAUUUUUUUUCCUUCUACUUUUUUUUUUUUUUUUUUCGCCUGCCUUGCAGUACGUGCCUGGAUAGUUUGUGGAUAUAAUUACUGACUGGAAUCUGGGCUGUUGCAGUUGUGCGUGGGGGGGGAGAGAGGAGAAAAGAAAGCAUCCCCCCCCCCCUCCGCCGACCCUCCUUGCUCCCCCACACACAUUUUUUUUAUAUCCCCCUUUGCUGGUGGUUCGGACAUUUAAUGUAUUGAAUGAACUGGAAUUGCUUUCCGUGUGAGGAGGAUGGUUGCUGUUACUUUGUGAUGAGAUCGGGAAUGAAUUGCUCGGUUUAAAAAUGCUGCUUUGGAUUCUGUUGCUGGAGACGUCUCUUUGUUUUGCUGCUGGAAACGUUACAGGGGACGUUUGCAAAGAGAAGAUCUGUGCCUGCAACGAGAUAGAAGGGGAUUUGCACGUAGACUGUGAGAAAAAGGGAUUUACCAGCCUGCAACAUUUCACCGCCCCAAGUUCCCAAUUUUACCAUUUAUUCCUGCAUGGCAACUCCCUGACUCGACUUUUCCCUAAUGAGUUUGCUAACUUUUACAAUGCGGUCAGUUUGCACAUGGAAAACAACGGUUUGCAUGAGAUUGUUCCUGGGGCUUUUCUUGGUCUGCAGCUGGUGAAACGCUUGCACAUAAACAACAACAAGAUCAAAUCGUUCAGGAAGCAGACUUUCCUGGGGCUGGACGAUCUGGAAUACCUCCAGGCAGAUUUUAAUCUGUUGCGGGAUAUUGACCCGGGAGCAUUUAGGGACUUAAACAAGCUAGAGGUGCUGAUUUUAAAUGACAAUCUCAUCAGCACCUUGCCCCCCAACGUGUUUCAGUAUGUGCCGAUCACCCACCUCGACCUCCGGGGAAACCGUCUUAAAACCUUGCCUUACGAGGAGGUCCUGGAGCAGAUCCCAGGCAUUGCUGAAAUCCUGCUAGAGGAUAACCCUUGGGACUGCACUUGCGAUCUGCUGUCGUUAAAAGAAUGGCUGGAAAACAUACCUAAAAACGCUUUGAUCGGCAGAGUGAUUUGUGAAGCUCCCACUAGGUUGCAGGGCAAAGAUUUAAAUGAGACCACAGAGCAGGAGCUGUGUAAAAAGAACAGAGUAGACUCCAGCCUAGCUGCUCCCCCUGCCGAAGAAGAAACCUGCGAUCCUGGUCCCAUUCCAACCCCCUUUAAAAUACAUGGCAAAGAAGACCCUGCCACGCCAGGAUCUGCUCCAAACGGAGGUACAAAGAUUCCUGUCAACUGGCAAAUCAAGACCAAACCCACUGCUGCCGUGUCGACAGUGAGUGCGAAGAGCAAACUACCCUCUACCUUUUCCUGCCCGCACAUCUGCAGCUGUGACCAGAUCCCUGGCUCGGGUUUAAAGGUUAAUUGCAAUGAUAGGAAUGUGAGCAGCUUGGUGGAUUUGAAGCCCAAGCCCUCCAAUGUGCAAGAGCUGUUUCUGAGAGACAACAAAAUACACACCAUCAGGAAAUCCCACUUUCUGGAUUACCGAAAACUUAAUUUACUCGAUCUGGGCAACAACAACAUUGCCACCGUUGAGAACAACACCUUCAAGAACCUCUUUGAUCUCCGAUGGCUCUACAUGGAUAGCAAUUACCUAGACACCCUGUCCCGGGAGAAAUUUGCUGGGCUGCAAAACCUGGAGUAUCUGAAUGUGGAGUUUAAUGGGAUCCAGAUGAUCAUGCCUGGCACUUUCAAUGCGAUGCCCAAACUGAGAGUCCUCAUCCUCAACAACAACCUGCUGAGGUCUCUCCCAGUAGACGUGUUCGCCGGGGUCUCACUUUCCAAGCUGAGCAUACACAACAAUUAUUUCAUGUACCUCCCGGUGGCGGGGGUGUUGGACCAGCUCACCUCCAUCACCCAGAUCGACCUGCACGGCAACCCAUGGGACUGUACGUGCCCUAUCGUGCCUUUCAAACAGUGGGCAGAGAUGCUGCGCCCUAAGGUGAUUAUGAGUGACCUGAGGUGUGAGUCCCCUGAAGACUUCUUCAAGGAGGAUUUCGAGUCUCUCUCCAAUGAUGUGAUUUGCCCUCAGUUAAAAAUCUCUCCCACAUUAACUUCUACUAACAAAAACAGCACCGGUUUGACAGAGACAGGUACUCACUCCAACUCCUACUUGGAGACCAGCCGGGUCUCUAUUUCGGUGCUAGUGCCAGGGCUUCUGCUGGUUUUUGUGACCUCUGCCUUCACAGUGGUUGGCAUGCUGGUUUUCAUCCUGAGGAACAGAAAACGGUCCAAGAGGAGGGACGCCAACUCCUCUGCAUCUGAAAUCAACUCCUUGCAGACGGUCUGCGACUCUUCCUACUGGCACAACGGGCCCUACAGCGCCGACGGGGCCCACAGGGUGUACGACUGCGGCUCCCACUCCCUGUCGGACUAAGGCGGCGGGCGGGGCGGGGGCGGCCGCCACCCGGGACCGGCCCUCCAUGCGCCGGCCGGGGACAGCUCUGCACCUCCGCCUCUACCUUUUGUCAGAAGAGAAACACACAGACACACGCACGCCCUUCCUCACGACCCCCAUAGCAAACGCCGAGGCCCAGUGGGCGGCGGGGGGAGCCCAGCGCCGGAGCGCAUCCCUGCAGCGCUGCGCAGCCCGCCGCGGUGCGCGCAUCCCCCGCCCGUGCGCGGCCGGAGCAGCGACAGACAGACGAGGAACAGCUUCCCUCGGCUCCGGCAGGGCGAAACACGGCUCCUGGUUUUGUUGGGCUUUUGUUCAAUUAUGGUGGGGUUUGAUUUGCUUUUUUGCCCUCUUCCCUUGUGGACCGACCCCUUUUCAAGAGGCCGGGAAAAUGAGGGGAGCAGAGGACUGGUGUUGGCCUCCUCCUGACGGCAAAGCAGGAGUGGAAAGUUGCACGAAGGCAUGAAUGUAAUGUAAAUAAAUGACUCCGACUCCGAAACAAACAGACAAAUGGACAAAAAAAAAAAAAAAAAAAAAAAAAAAUGCUGCAUGGCUCGCAUGGAUACAACGCACCCCAGGGACGCUCCAGCCCCCGACUGGAAGCAGCGUCUAGUUCACACCAUCAUCCCUCUUACCUGAUAAGUCCCUUCGUAUCAAACCUUCUAUAUACGAAAUACAGUAUAAUAAUAAAAAGUGCCAUUUCGCCAGUUUUUUUUUUGUGUGAUCAAUAGGCAGUAGAGAUCGUACUUUUUCUGUGGAAAAAAAUAUUGUAAAGAUUUUAUUUAAGACAUAGUUGCAUGAAUAUUCUCAUUGGAUUUUUUAAAUUUUAUUUUUAUUUUUAUGUCUAGGUGGGAAUUACUUUGCUGGGAGAGGUUUGCUUUGUUAAUAAUGGGUUGUGUUUCAUUUUUUCAGGGGAGGUGGGGAGGGUAGGCUUUGGUUUUGUUUUCUCUCUCUUCUUUUUCAAUAUACAUAAUCAAUAUUGCCUUUCCAUCUGAAUGUAAAAAUUAGUACCCUUGAUUUCUAUUAUGGUAACAGUGUAAACAUACAAAAAAAAAAAAAAAUCCAAGGCAGUUAAGCAUGACCAAUUAAUGUCACUCUAGCGCUUAGGCUGCAAAGUUUAAUGGUAGAAAAUUCUGUGCUGUUGUAAAUCUUACUAUAACUUGAGGAAAACAGAACUGAGGAAGCAAGUGAAACUUACUAAUUCUAUUCGAGGAUUUUAUAAUGGCAUAUUUUUUCAGUAUUAAAGUGAAAAUGUUUUCAACUCCGGGUCCUUACCAUUUUUCCAGCAUCCAAUUCUUGCAAAUGGGUUAUUUGGGUUUAGGGGACAGAGCCUCCUUUCAGUGCUCUGUGUGUGUGUGUCCCUCCCUCCCACCCUCUCUUUCCUUUCCUUCCCUUCCUUUUUCUCAUUCAUUCACAGGCAGAGGCACAAACACCCUUCCUUCCCCCCUUUCCCAAUGUAAAUAACACACAGAAGUUUCCUGCCUGCCUCCUCCCUCCUCCCCUCUCCCUCCCCUCCCAUUUUUUUUUUUUUUUUUUUUUACGAGGCAGUGAAUCCCUUUAUUAAUACUGUGAAUCUCAUGCUGCUGCCGCUGCUGUCACCGCCUCUGCUGCACACAUUGCAGAUAUAUUAGGGAUGUUAGUGGGAAUUUGCUUUAAGUGCCUCUGCCCAGCUUGGUCUCAUUAAGCUGGAGCCGAAUUUCCGCGGCCAGAAUUCCCGCCCGGGAGCAGCUUGCCCGGUGGGGCAGCUGCGGGGGACCGGGCUUCAGCAGCUGCCGCCAGUGGGAAAAGCGAAUUAGCCCGCAGAGAUUUUCCCGUUCCUGCACUGGGUACCUCUACCCUUUGAUACUGAAAACUGAAAAAAACACGGCGCAGUGCUGCAGUUGGACUUCAGGCAGCUCGCCUUUGAUCCCCUUCCUGUACGGGAAAGUGCCCCUAAACUCAGUCAAACCUGUGAAGGCAAAAGUCUCUGCAAAUCACUUGUAACUCACAGCUCAAGUCCCAGUGGAGAUAUGGAGAAUUUCAGUCACGUUGCUCCUGGCUUUCUCCAGGCAAAGAAUCCUUUUAAAGAGUAAAACACUGUAAGGGACUUAGUAAAUUUCAAAUACUGAUUUGGUUUGCUUUAUAGAAGAAGCCCACCUUUGGGAUCUGUGAGAAGGAAACAGACAAACAUACACAUUGCAAUAGGUAUGCUCUUGAAAGUGAAGAAGAAGCCUGAUUACAGGUAUUCACGAAGAAUUAAACACAAGAAAUACACCAUUCCUCCAGAAUCCUUUAUCACUGUGGAAAAAUCUGUAGUCUCCUAGAAAAUACCUUGAAAUUUGGUUGUGGAGCUGCGAAAAUGGCAUGGCCUGCUUAACUAUACAAACCAUUCUUAUUUCAAGGUCCCUUCUUUAUUCCACCUUGCUGCUUCCUUAGACAGAUUGUUCUGCCAGGAUGCUCUGUGUAGGACAAAGUGAUGACAGUAGAGGCACUACUUUGCCAUUGUGAAAUCCACUGUUGAAUAGUUUGAGAAGAAAAAAUAAAUGCACUUACAUGUGAGCCAGUAAUUCUGUCCUUGGAAGGCCAUCAUAUUCAGCUUAGAAAGAGUCCAAAAUAACCUGUUUAGGUAUGAGCUGGUGCACUUUUAGAAGACAACCUAAGUCUAGCUGCCUUCUCUUUGAUAGUGUAGUGGCAAAAUUGAGAACAUAGACCAUGCUAAAAAUAAUAAUAAUAAUUACAUUAGAAACACCGAAAUGGAAGUUUAGAUAAAAUGCACAAUAAAUUAAAAUGUCAAAUCACUGGCUGAGAUCAGACAUGCAUGUAUUUCAGAGAAUAUAAUGCUAAAUAUUUAAUUUUAAUUUGUCAUCAUUGAAAAGUAACAUAAAGUUGGAAAUGUGCUCAUUUAGCUUCCUAAAAGUUCUAGUUCAUUGGCAAACCUAUAUAGAAAUGUCAAUUCAAUUGAAAUGUUGAAGACAUGUAUUUAUCACCCUGCUUCUAGGUUGUGGAAAAAUUACAAAAUGGAAUUUUCUAUGUCAUUUUCAGAUUUUAACAUUCACAGGAUUCUUCCAUCUUGCAGAGACUUGCUCUUAAGACACAUAGAUCACCCAACUCUCUGAGAUGAUGUAAUAAUUACCAGGCCUUGCAUUACAAUGCUUAUCUUAUUUACAUGCUUAGCACUUCCAUGAUUAUUUUUAUCAAACAAAAUACUCAACAAAAAAAGAAACAUAAGAGAAAGAAAAAGGAUUAUUGAGGAUGUUUUGGAGAGGAGUGAAAUGCAAAUGUAUUAAAUAUGUUCAGUUGUACUGCAUUAAGAGCAAUAACCAAAAAGUAAAUGUUUUAUUUGCUGAUAAUGACAGUCAUGAUGUUAUUUCUAAUAUUAGAAGCCUAUAAGAUAUCCAUGCUGUGUCAAAAUGGGCAUUUUUUUCUGCUAACUUAUAACUCUUGUAACUUCAAGUAUAGUAUAUAUAGCAUUUAGUUACUUAUUGCUUAAUCAUCACGGCAUUUCUGUUCUUUCAGAAAAGGCAGAAAAGAGAUUUAUUAUUUAUCUAGUUUAAAAGGGUUGUUUGUGCUUUGUUUUUGUUUCUGCAAACACUUCAACUAAGAAUAGCCUAGAAUUUAAACUGUUGCCAUAGAAAUCCAUGCCUUUUUACAUGGUAGCCUCCUGCAUGCCAUUGCAGAAGAGUGAACAGAAUUCUAGGAGCAACCUGAAAAAAUUUUAAAUUCAUACCCAGGGUGAUGUGUGUCAUUUUGAGAAAAAGUGUGCUGUUGGAACUGCAUAGAAAUGUGUUAUUAUGUUGCUUUGCUAAAUGUAUUGGCUGUGUCAGGUUAUUUUCUAACUUCAGGGCAGUUGCAUUGAAAAUACAGUUUCAGAUCUAAUUUCAAACUAAGUGAUAUAAUCUUUGAGGGGGUUUAUUGUUCGGUUUGAGUUAGCUUUUUUUUUCUUAGCGGUUUUAUAUUUAGUUUAGUUUUUGGUUUUUUUUUUUAGCAAGAGUGGGGGCAGAUGUGAUCUGAGGUAGAAGAAAAGGCUUUGUAUGCUAAUCUUCACUCAGGUAGAAAAGCCGUGAACUACGCAAAGUGAACAUUUCACAUUUUUUCAGAUUGGUGGCAAAAGUCAUUAGGGUGAAAAUUAGGGCAGAAAGAGGCUGAUAAAUGCUCAUCUUUCCCAACAGAAUGAUUUCUACCUUCCAUUAUCUGUGAAACAAUUUGUAGAUCUCAUAAAUAUCAAAGUUUCCCAAAGACAAGUAGCUCUAAGUAAAGUUACAAACUCUUUCCCAUUGUAUUUUUGUUAGUGGUUUAUUAAGUUGCAAAAGACAGCAGAAAUUUGAGAUAAAAUUGCUCUUUUUAUUUUCUGUGUAACCUUCUCCAAGGCUUCAUCUAGGGGCUUUCUUGGAAAAUGAUGCACAAGAUAUCAGAUCUUUAACAUCUUUUUUUUUCUUAUAUUUGGAGUUUGAAUCUGCAUGGCAAUUGUUUUCUUCUAUACCAAACUCUGUAAUUUUUUUAACUAUUUGAAUCAGUCAGAGAGAAUUUGGCUGCAUUUUUAUUCACACGUAAUCAAAAAUGGGCACUCUUAGAUGUUAAAGGAUCUCAUUAGGUAGAUCCUUCUGUAUUUAGCAAAGUUCCCAUAGAUGUAUGUAAAUAAGAUGGGCAGUAGGACAGUUUCUGUGGCUGAAUAUUAUUCAAUGUGCUUGUGCAGUCCAAAUUUGUGGGAUUUUUUGUGAUUUAUGAAACAGAAAUUUCCAGGCAUUGGGCAGGACUUCAGGGCAUUUGACUACUGCACAAAUGGGCUUUUUUUUGUAUUUGUGAUGAAGUCAGAGGGUGAAGAAUUAAUAGGUUGUGUUGGUAAGAUAUGGUUGUCCUAAUAUUUCUGUUAUCUGUUUAAAAUGAUCAGUCUGUUUAAACUGUAUUAGAAGUAUGGACAUGACCAAUCAGAAUCACAAAAAUAAUUUUAUUUUACUCAGUUUGCCCCAGAGCAAUAUCAGCAAUGGAGAAAAGGGGGACAAAAAAUAUAGCAAAUGUAUUAUAUUAAAUUACAUUAAUUAUGAUUAUGUUUAGCAAUGGUACCUUAGUGGGUUAACUUGUAAUAUAAUAUCUGUGAGUUUCUGAAGCCUUUAUAAUUUUAUCUUUUUUGGGUUAAGAAAUAUAAAUGAGAUCCCUCAGUAUUACUUCUCCAAGAUUAAUUGCCAGGUCAAUGGGCAUAUUGUCAUGCUGAAUGAUUCCAUUUACUAGUUAAAGUUCCCGGUUCAAUUUUUGUGAAUACUUCCUAUAUACAUUCUUCAGUCAUGUGAGAGAGGAACAAAGUCACCAGAAAGUCCCCUGGGAGGAAUUAGUCUCUUGCAUCAUACACUUGAAGACUAAGAUCAAAAAUUCAUAGCAAAGAAUGGACAGAAAAAGCCCAUUUUAGAAUACACUCAGUUGACCCUAGGUGAAUGACUGCUUAAACUACCAUUAUUUAUUGGUAUAAGUGGCACAAAGUGCCCUUGGCAGAAAGAACUGGCUCGAUGGAAACAUUGGUACCAUCAAAAUUCCUCAGUACUUCUGUUGUUCUAUUAGGUAGUCAGAUUGAUUCCCCUCAGCUACUUUCCAGCUAAGCCACUGGAACAAAUUGUCUUAGCUAUUAAUGACUUUUGAUGAUGUCAUGAGCAUUCAGACAGACCCCUCAAGCUUUGGUCUUAAAGAAUGUCUAACUAUGGAUUGUCAUAUUUGGUUUAUGUUACUUUAUUUCAUUUCUGAAUCAACUGCAUCUCUUGCAAGCAGAAUUUUAGCAAACAGGAGGCACUAAAAUGUGAUGAGGAAAACAAAAGCAUGUGAAGAUAAUGGUUCUUUUUACUUUAAAUGAGGAUCCAAAUAGUAAAGAUGGGUGGGUACAUUAUAGAAUUUUAUGAAGGAAUUAAGAAGCAGUAUGGUCAGGUGGAAAAAAUUAGGAAUAUGACUCAUUUUCUGGAUUACUAUCUGACCUGAAAUUAGGUGGUAUCUUUCUCAUCUAGUUUGAUGGGCUCGAAUGAGUUGCCCUAACAGUCAGUAGUGCCCUAAGAGGUGUCCCGGAGUAUCUGGGGUGUGUGAACGAGACUGAUAGACACAAAAAAAAUGAACUAGGGCACACUAGAAUAUUUCUGAAGUGGCACUUGGACUCUAGAAUACAUUACGUCAUUUGGAAUAGGAGUAGACAUCCAUGUGGGAACAACUGAAUUGAAUUCUUGAUCUACCCUGAGAGCCUGGUGGGUUGGUUCACCUGGUACACAUAAGCAAUAUGAAAUAUCUUGAUUCAAAUAGGUAAUUUGAAAUAUCUUGGUGUCUUAUGUGCUGAUAGAAAAGACUCAAGGCUUGUAGAAUAUAUGAUCAGCUGGGGCCCAGGCAAGGUAAGACACCACAAAAGCACGGCAUGUCUAUGGACAAGCAGAGGAGUAGCUCAAUGAGCUAAAUGUAGCUCAGUUACAUACACCUGUGCUGCAGAUAAUGAAAUGCAUUUGAGAAUUAAACCAAACCCUUGAAACUACAUUUAAAAAAAUUAUAUUAGAGAUGGUUUGUAGAGACAUGACAAUUUUUAGAGGAUGGCCAUUAUUUUUUAGAGGUUAGCGAUAGAGGAUACAUGCGUACCACAUACUCUUUCCAUCUGUUUUUCUAACUUGGAUUUUAUUUUUGUCUUUCUAAAUUGCUAGAUCUUUAAUGUUGGAAUUGUUGCUUCUGGAUGGGACACCUAUUUCAGCUGGUGUCAUUAGAAAUUGCUAUAGUACGUAAUAACAAUAAUAGUGACCUCUUAAAGUAAUGUAGGGCUCAGGAAGCAAAAGCAGAACAACAACAACAAAAAUUCCUGACAGUUAUUGCUGAUACCAUAAUAAUAAAUAACAGGUUCUUGGGUCAAGCUUGAAAUACAAAUGAAGAAUACAGUACUCCAGGGUUAUAGUCAUUAUUGAAGUCAUUAAGUUCAUCACGAUGAAAGAUAAAAUGCUACAAAUGGAAUGGAAAAUGUUUCAGAAAAAAGAAAGUCUGGUUUAUGAAAAUAGAAUGCAAAACUGUUAAGUGGAUUGUCACAGGAGGUUUGAAAAGGGAAAAAUAUAAUUUAAUUAUGGACACACAGUAACAACUUAUUCACAUGAGAGAUCUUUAAGGGCAGACAGAUGGUAAGAAAGUUUUAAGUGCAGGAUGUAGAAUAUGUAGCUAGACUCUAGAGACUGUUACUCAAUUGCCCAGGAUAAAUAUGGCACAACAAUGUUUGCAGCAUUGUGUGCUGGGCACUUUGCAAGCAAUAAGGACUUUUAGACAGAAGUGCCAAAACGUAGCUUGAGCACAAAAGGGGAGAAUGAAAGUACAAAACAUUAUGGGAUUUUUUUCCCACUGUUGCAAUUUGGUAAGCAAAUGAUUCAAAAUGAGGUAGCUUGUUUAUAAAGGAUGUGUUUUGAGGUGUCUUUAUUGUCGAUUUGUCUCUAUCUUAGCUAGCUUGUUAAGGAAAUAUUUACAAAUAGGGUGGUGAAGAUCAUGGUUGUUUAAAAAAAGUGUGUGUAUGAAAUUAUUAACCUAGGCUGGAAGCAUUCCUCAGAAAGAUAGGUCAAUGGAUAUAUCUAAACCGCUAAGAUAGAAACAAUUUUCUAAAUUUUGGGGUACAUUUUCACUGUUGCAAAAACCUACCAGAAGUUGUGUUCUGCCCAAUGACAUUAUGUGUGGCAGGGAAUAAUAAUAUUUAUAGUAGUAAAAAUAAUGAAGAUACCUUCUACAUUUAAGGAUUUUCUGGUUUGGGGUUGUGUUUGUUUGUUUGUUUUCUGUCUGCCUUUUUUAAAUAUUUUUUUUUUCAGAAACAAAACAUGACAGAAUAAGAAUGAACAAAAAGAAUGCACUAAAUACAGUGUUAGGCCCUGCAGAUUUGCUGAAAUUUUUCAGAAAGAAGAACUGCUGGUCUGAGCAACAGAGUGAAAGAUGUUAUUGACAUUGGCUAAGAGCACCCAUGGGAAAAAGAAGCAUGCACAUUUUUGAAAGGUCUUUCUAUAGCUGUGCUGCUAUUAAUGAAAGAUGAUCUUAACUAACUAAAAUUUUAGUGUAAGACAAUACUCCUCUGCAACUACAUAAAUCUGAAUGUAUAUUUAGAGUAAUGAUUAGACUUGAUUUGGUAAUAAGGCAAUACAAAAAUUAAGCUCAGAAGGAAGUUGUUCUUAUUACAGAUCCAUGAAUUGCUGUCUGCCCAAACUUAUUAGCUCAGCUGCAGACAUGUAUAUUAAAUUAAGCCCAUUUUUCCUUUGAACAAAUUCAUAGCAUUCAUAAAUUUUAAUCUGAAUAAUUAAUUCCAGGAUUCUUAGCUGCAUUCUUACAGUACCUGAGCAUGUAGAUUAUGCCUCCUGAUGAAUUAGGAAUGGAAUAAAAUUGAGGAAAAAAUUUAUUGAUGAGGUUUAGAAAUACGCCAUGUAUUUUAAAGGAUCAGUUCUGAUUAGAAGUGUUACAUCAUCAGCAGAGUUCUGGUCAGAUAAUAUGAUACAGUUGAUUUACAUGGAUAUUAUUUCUAAAGAUGGUUUUAUGAAAGCAAUACAUUUCUCAAUACAAAGCAAAAAUCUUAGGGUAAAGACAUUUAGUAAAGAAUGCUAAUUUUAGGAAGGGUUGAUACUACUAGUAUUAAUGGAGCCAUAAUUGUAUCUCAUAUGAUAAGGAAAGUAAAUAGAAAUUAUCAAAAUAUGUUUUUCAUUAGUACAUAUAUUUUUGUAGACAAAAUCCCAUUCACUGUAAGUUUCUGUGGUUUUCAGUGGAAUAAUACUGUUUUUCAAAAUUUCAUUGUUUAUUAAAAUAGGAAGAAUUGCUCUUGUGGGGACAAAAAAGAAAGUUUUGAAUCCCUCUUCUGUCUGUAUCAUGAGGAAUCAGUGCAGGAUCAAAUUUUCAAACAUUAGUGAAUGAAGAAAAAACUUGGAAAACAUAAGUGUGUGACAUAUGUCCUUUUGAGUCAGACUGAGUGCCCCAUAACUGACUGGAACAGGGUCCUUUAUUAUGCUAAGCUAACUAAAUCAGAAUGUGAAUAAACUCAAACACCCUAGCUAUAAUCCAUAACACAUAAUCCAUAAUGGAGAAUUCCUACUGAAUAACUGUUCUAUCAUAAUUUAGCUCUUUUCUGUUGCUCUCAACUAGCUCAGUCCAAGACAAAACUGCUAAAGAAGGGACAAGCCCUUGGCAAUGUGAACAUGAGCCAAUUUGUGCUUGGAGAUUGAGCCUAUGAUUUAAUUCUGUUUCUUGCUCAUUUAGAAGUGUGAAUAUCUACAGUGUAUCUCCUGUGGUCUCAGCAUUUGGGCCAGAGAUUCAUAGAUGGGCUUAAAAAUUGUAGGUUUUGUUGUUGCUUUUGUUGUUUUUGUUGCUAUUUUCCUUUCUGCUUUCUUUAGUUUAUGAUGCAAUUCUUUCUCAGAAAUCCUAUUAUAUUUCUAAAACAGACUUCAAUCUCCCUGCCUUUACCUCUGACUGACAUUCUGACAUUGGACAAGUAGACUAGAAUACAACAAUGAGAAAUUUUAUUUAAUGAAAUAAAUUUUAAAACUUUUUUUUUUUUUUUUUUUUUUGCCAUGUGUACUAAUAUUCCGUGUUAAACUACUGGAAUGGUUUAUUGCCUUAAUUUAAAUUGUUGCAGUUAUGACUGACAGCAUUCGUAUACAAUCCUAUCUCCUUGAACUGAAGGCAGAUGUUUGGGACUGGAUUCUAAAAAGAGUUUUCAAAUAAUUUGAGAUAUGCAUGCUUAGGUGGAAUUCAGGGCAUCCUGGGAUACCUGAGAUAUCUGUCCAUGGUUAAUACAUCUUCUAUUCUGAACUGGCAGCUGGAAUUCAGGCAAGAUACUUUAGCAUACCUUAAGUGUUACAGAUGAUUAUGUUAAAGCCUUUUAAGUGUUCCCUAGCUGAAACGUAACAGCUGUAUUGUGAGCACAUGAAUUUACACUUCGCAGUCUGUAACUGAAUUGCCACUUCUAAGGUUGGGUGAGUUAAAUCACAGCUAAGCUAUUUGACUUUUAUAUUGCUGGAGAUAAGUGUGAUGAAUCUCACACUUGUGAAUAACAUUCUGAGGAUGGAAGUUUCAAUUAAAAAUAAGAACACACAUAUAAAAGAAGGCAGCCAAAGAGUAUCCUUCAAAUAUCUUUUUCCAUGGUCAAAUCACAUUUUAUUAAAAGAAAACCAGAAUAUUUUAGACAAUACACAAAAUUGAUUAUUUUUAAAAAUGUUUGCUGCUGUAUUGGGACACAGACUGAUCUAUAUAUUUACUUUUAAAUUUUUACAUAAUUUUAAUAUUCAAUCUUACAUUACUUCAAAUCAAAAAGGAGGAUAAUAUCCUAAUAAUAACAAUGGCAACAAUAAAAAUGAGGCUUUUUUUAUUUUCCUGUUUUCCAAGAGUGUUUCUCUAUUGGUUUCAGGAGGACAUCCUCAAUUUAGUAUCACAGAAAUAGAUAAGAAUAAACCAAAGAAUAUCAGCCAAUUUACUUUCAAUAUACUUUCAUAAUUUACUUUCAAUGGUAAAUUAAUUAUGAAAUAAAAUAAAAAUAUAUGCAAUAUUGUCUCAAAUAAACAUGUAAUUUUUUUUUUUGUUUUACUAAUAUCUGUCCAAAAAAGAUCAGUGAAUACAGGAGAAAGAUGAAAGUAAUUAAAUCCAAUUCCUUCUUAGAAAAGUAGCCCUAUUAAUUACAUCAGUUGUGACUGAAAGUUAGAAGCCACGGACUUUGCUCUAGUAUCUGAGUUUGUAGAAUGAGUCUAGUUCUAGUUAGAAUCCACAAAAUACACAGAUCAAUAUAACCACAAUUGACACUAAUUGACAAGUCAAACUGACAGUAUUAAGACAGAGGUCAAGAAACCAGAUACUAACUCUUUUUUUCCUCUCCCUUCCCUCACUAUGACGAAUGGGUUCUGACAAAAGUUCUAACUUUCUGAAAACAUGGGUUAUAUUAAUCAGAUAAAUAGAUAUGCCUAUUAAGAUUUUUUCUUCAUUCAGUUGUGAAGAUGAAUUUCAAUGUACUCCUGAUGAAAUUCUCACAGCUCCAGCAUAGAGUUCUCAUGCUGAGCAAGCCACCUUUGUCUUUCUGUAUAGUCAGUGGGGAGAAUAUGUAACUAUUCCUGUUUAUGUGACAUUUUGGGAUGUGAAGAACAUUUCAGCUGUAAACAUAGACAACAAAUUUAGCUAACUAAAUAAUGUCAUAUGGGUGUAAACUGUUGUGUCUAAACUCUUACUACAGUCAUCAAAGGAACAGCCAUUGUAGAGAAUAGAGAAAAUAGAGAAUAGAUAAUAGAGGAUAAAAUAGAGAAUAAAAAAUAGAGAGUGUCUCAGAUAAUUUUGAACAGAACUUAACACAAAACUCAACUUUUAAAUGUAGUAUUAUUGUUGGGUUUCCUGGAGUAUUCAACAUGACCUCUAGCUGCUACUUGAGAAGGUUACAGUUCUUUUAGAGGUCCUGGAUGUCUGAGAUAUUCUAAGACAUUUCAAACCUGCUGUUUAUGCUUUGGCCAAGAUUAACUUUUUCAUUGACUGUAUGUGGAACUUCAAUCCUUAGUUCACAUUUGGACACCUAUGUUUGUAAGUCUGAAUCUCUAAAUAAGCCUUAUCCAUAUUUAGAGAGAGAUAAAGCAUGUUUUUAAAGUUUUAUUUCUUUCCAUUCACUCUAACAGGAAUCUAGGGCACCUAGUCUAAAUAUAUGACUACAACCAUAAACAGCUGCAUUUCCUCCAAUUAAUUCCACACUUUGAGUCUUUGGCUUGGACCAUCUAUUCCUUUGCUGUAAAAUAACAGUGUGUCUGUGACCUACCUGAAUGGAGAGAGGAAGAUUCAGGUGUCUGAAAUCACCGUCUUACCCCUUGCCUCAGCAGCAUGGAAUUCUGGAAAAUACAAGCCUCAUAACCAUCUGAGCUCUCAGACCCCCAGGGAACCUUUCCUCACUUCAAAAGUCUGUCCCAAUCAAGAAAUGGCCCUAUUGAGCACAGCCAUCCUUACUCUGGAUUAAUCUUGGUGGAGGAGGAGUCAGGGUGGGAAGGAGGAAUAAUAUAGAAGUUUUAGCUCUUAAUAUCUCUGAGUUAUUAAAAGAACAAAUUAAUUCAUGAAAAUACCUGGAAAUUGUUUCCUGUCUUAGGAAGAGCUCUUAUAUGCAGAAAUGUCAUGUUAAUUCUAAAGAAAUCAUGCCAAUGGCUGAUAAUGAGAGAAUUCUUUUGCUUCUUUAUUGCAUCCUUAUAGUAUUUAUUGCACAAAAUUGCAUGUUAUUACCCAAAAUUCCGUGCUGAAGAAAAUGUUGAAAAUUCCUUCUGAUACUAAUAUUGAAGUUAUAAGAAGGAUUAGUAGAGAUCUCAGUAGACUUGAGCACAAAUUGUUUAGAGGAGUCAAAUCUGAUAAGAAAGUUCCUUUGCAUGAUUCAGAAACAAAUUGUAAAAAACAUUUUUAAGUCAAAGUCACUAGAAAUAUCUUCAGAUUUAUAGUAAUUAACGAUAUGCCCUGUUAUCUUCUGUCAGAUUUAAAAGAUUGCAAGAAUCAGAGUUAAAAUGAAAAUGAAUUUGUUUAAGUUAUUUAGCUUUAGAAAUACUAGUGAUUGUUUUAAAUAAAGGCAGUCAUUUGCCUUCUGUCUCUCAUGAAUAAGGCUGUACAACAUAACCACUAUACAUAAUUUAUAGAUAAUGAUUUGGAAAAAAAUCAACUCCCCAAAAGUCUGCAUUGAAAUGUAAUUUUUGUUUGAAGAAAUGUCUGAGAAGGGUGAAGCAGAAUGAGGAAUUUCAUGCUGGAUUUUUCACUACAUUAGGCAGCCUGUGUGCGGCAAACAAAAACAUCUCAAGUUUUUAUUCCUAAAUGAAUCUGAUUCCUGGUAAAUUAUGCAUAUGAACAUAGUUCUGUAAGCAAGUUUUAAUUAUUUUUCAUGUUAAUAUAAUACUUCAAACCAGAUAUUGUACCUGACUAUUAUCAUGACACUAUCUCAUCAGAUUCAUUGUGUUACUAGAAUUUUCACUGAAUUGCCCUAUAGAAUGGUAGAACAGUUUCAAUUUAUUAAUUUUUCUCUUAUUUCUCCAUUAGAGUAAAGUUUCAAGCUUAAAACUUUACAUAUUUUAAACCUUAUUAUCAUAUAAUUUGUGUAACAAGCUAUUUGUAAACUGGGUAGAUCCAGUUUAAACCAGAUGUUACAUUUCUACCUGUUUCCCAGUAUUUUGAAAUAGUCAUGUAGAAUACCAAUUGAAACUUAUAGAUGAGUCUUCAAAAAUAUGGAGGAACAUUUUCAACAGGCAUUGAACUAUCAAAGUCAACAGGAUAAUAAUGUAUUAAUGCCCAACCCAGGAGCUGCUUUACAAAAUGGAAAUUUUUAUUUUGUACUCCAAGUUUGAGCGGAGUCUGAAUUUUCAGACCACAUGCAUAGGCAAGACUAAUUCAAAAGCACUGUCACUUCAGCACAUCUAUAUAAUAGAAAAUCAUCUCAAAUAAAUACAGAGUUUCAACUCAAAGCAGCAAUAAGAUUGGUAGUAGAAUGGAAAAAGGCAAACAAAUGGCUUUGUAUUCAAGUUAAAAAAAAUUAAAAUUAAUACUUUUUAAAUUGCCAGACACUUGAAGCAGGAUUUAAAUUCUUCCGAUCACUUUCUUCCUACUGAUCUUUACAUAAGAAUGUUGUUUGGCAUGCGUUUAGUGUAUCACACAUCCACCCACACAUAAAAUAUGGUAAUCUGAUUUUACUUUGAUGUAUAGUUCUGUAAAUUUGGAUUCAAAUCAAGGAGUGUGAGACUCACUAAUAGUAGAAUUGACUUAUGCCUAUUUAUGGCAUUUUAUGUUAAUGGAAAAAUCAGUAUAAAUGAGGCCUAAUCAAAGUUAAGACUCUGGUUGCUUGGCUAUGUAAAUACCAUAUUCUGGUAUUCAUUGCAUAUUGAAAAAUUCCAUGUAUUCAGUGCAAGAAAUGCAGUAAUGAUGGACAAAUCUUUAACCAAUAGAUUCUGCUUUUAGUUAAUUCCCAGUGUUGAAUUAUAUUAAAAUAAUAUCUAGAACAUAUGUUUUGAAUUAGAGCUGGUAGUUAUGAAUAUUCUGGCUAUUGGAGAGAAGGGUGUGUUCUUUAGAAUCUAAGUUGCUGCUUCCUAUUUUGGGAACUGAAUAACUAUAUACAGCUAAAUUUUUUUUUUUCAUGCCAGAAUUAUGAAAUAAAACAACUAAAUUAGAACCCUAAUGUAUGUGCUUAACAUCAUUCAAGAUAUUUUAGGAUAACUGAGAAAUGUACAUAGUGAUGGCAGAUGUGAACAGGUCUGAAGGCAACUUUACAUCAUUCUUGAGGAAAGAUGGAGACCAGAGAUCACAUCCUAGGACACCUAAAAUGUCACUGACAGCUAUGUAAAUGCACUAGAAUGAGAAGGACACUGACACUAUUAUCAGUUUGUUAAAAAAGCCAGUCUCAAGUCCCUGAACAGCAAGAUCAGGACUGGGAGAAAGUGAUAAUUCCCAUGGUAGAAGAAGGUCCAGCUUGAGACCACCUGAGGAAUAUAAAUAUACACAGGUUUGUGGGAGCUGUUAAAGUGCAUCCCUCAGGUGGAUGAUAAGGGAACUGACUGAUGCAGUUGCCAAGCCACAUUGCUCUCAUUUUUAAAAAGUGCACCAAAGAGGACCUGAUCAGUUUAUCUCAUUUCUGUGCCUGCUAAAACCAUGAAGCACAACCUCCUGGAAAGUAUAUAGAAACACAUGGAAAACACAGAUACGAUUAGAGAAAGGAAAAAUUGUGCUUGACCAAGCAAUUAGCCUUCUAUGGUGGAAUGACUACAUCAGUGGACAGGGAAAGUGCUACUGUUGUCAUUCUGCCUGGACUUCUGUAAAGCCUUUGGUACCAUCCUCUUAUUACUAAAUGCAGAGGCAUGGGCUUGACAGAUGGACUGUUUGAUGGAUAAGGCAUUGGCUGAAUGGCCAUGUCCAAAGAGUUACAGUCAAUGGCUCAAUGUCCGAAAGCAAAACACAGCAGUGUCCUUCAAGGGUCCAUACUGGGGCCAAUACAAUUUAUUGUCUUUAGGAAUAAUAUGGACAGUGGGAUUGAAUGAACCCUCAGCAAAUUUGCAGAUAACACCAAGUUGACUGGUGCAGUUCAUAGGCCUGAAGGAAGGGAUGUCAUCCACAGAAACCUUGAGGAACAGGCCCAUGCGAACCUCAUGAAAAACAACCCUGAUCAUUGAAGCAGUGAUCUUUAAAGCUCCUUUCAAUACAAAACCCUAUGCUCUGAGAUCCCUACUCAGGACCUAAUAUUUUAAUAAUAAUUAGUUUAUCAAUUAAUCAAUAACAAUAAUAAAUUAGUGAUUAUUAUAAAAUACUAGAAAUAAAAAAAAGGAAAAAUUUAGGUAAGAAUGCUGCUUUUAACAUGCCUUAUUAAAUCACAAAAACCAGCCAUCAGAAGACAAGACAGCUAGAUGCUUGCACAGAAAAUUAGUAUAUUUUUUACAGCAUAAGAAAAAAAAUUAAAAAAUCAUUGAAAUUGAUUGUUUAGUUUUUGCAAAGAAAAAAAUAUGCUUAAUCUAGUGCAUUCUUUCUUGAUUAUAUGUUUGAGUCUGAGAAUGAAAACAAGGUAAUAGAGUUUUGGAAGAGCUUUUACAAAAUCAUCAAGAUUUGUGGCACAAGAAACCAGGAUGUAUUCAUACAGAUGGAAGUGAAUGGUUCUUAGCAAUUCACUGUCAGUUUAGAUGGAGCAAAUCUUCCACAGCAUGAACUUAUUCCAGAAGACCGAAAAUUUACAGAAAUGGUGGCUGUCUCUCCAUCUACCUAUCCUUUCCGGUUGGACACCACUAUUUGCAGAGGGCUAGUCUAUGCUCUUUUUGCCGUUCACUCAAUGCAAUGUGCUGGUGUGUUCUAGAAUGCCAUAGAAGUUCUUGAAAGGGAUGUUGGUAUUCUUGAACAUUGAAGGGGUAGAAUGAUGCUACGUCAAAAAAUAAAAGUCACAUUGAUACUUGUAUAUAUUGAAACCAGUUCUGCCAAGGUGACAAUCUAGUGUUGAAUAUGUGAAAGAAGUUAGAGCAAAUAAUGUAUUUUAAUUUUUAACCUUUAUUGGACACUUUUAUAGUAUUUUGUAGUUGCACAAGUGAAAAAGUAAAAUACAUUAAAAUAAUUUAAAAAUGUGAUAAUGCUAGAGGCUGGAUAACAUGGAUAUGUAACAUUUGAUGUAUUUUUCAAAAUAUUCACGAAAUAAUGAUAGUUUUAUUGUCUCAAAUAGUCAGCCAGAUUUUUCACUUUAAUUCAAAUAGUCUGUCCCAGAAAUAAUUUCUCCCAGCUAAACCAUGGCAUAUGUCUCAAUGGCAAGCAAAAUUUUUAACACAGAAAAGCAUUAAUUUUUAUUUUACAGACCUGCAAACAUAUGGGAAGAUUACAUUUUCAGCUGAAUUUCUGAAUUCAGCUAACCAGAGAGCUUCAUUUUAUAAUACGGAUUAUAAAUUGUGCUGGCAAUUAAUCUGUAAUGUGACUAAUCCUUUUUAUUAUCUUAAUAAAAAAUAAAAUAUGUUUCACAUUCUCAGUGGAAAAGCAUUUCAGGAGUUUUUAGCACAGGGACUCAGAAUGCUCAUGUGCAUUCUCCUACACUUAUCUACAAGUUAAUACCUUGAUCUUGCAAUAAAUGUCAUGCAGGGAGAACAUGGCUUUUAAUCCCUCAGCACAGCUAAAAACUUAUAUCUAUGAGGGCUUAUUUUAAAGGCAAGUGCUUUAUUUGAGUGCUUUUACAGCUGAGGAAAUAAGAAGAAACGCACAGCCAUGAACUCUUGAUUGAUACAGGCAAUAAUUUUCUUUUUGGCAGGAAAGUCUGUCAAGAAAAGCAAGUGUGUUUUCUUGGCAUUUAAUGACUACUUAAGUUGAAAAGUAGGUCAAAAGUAGCCAUGUCCUUCUGGCAAUUUCUUCACAAUCAUAAAACUGAAAGCUUACUGAAAUGAGUAGCAGGUAUUGGGCUAAUAUUUAUUUCUUGAGUUGGCUUAUUUUUUUAUAAGUUUCCUCUAUUUAUAUGCAUUGGAAUACUGCAUUUUUAAUAGGUAGUUAGCCGAAUUGAAGUUAAGCAGAUAAUAAUAUUGGCCAAAAUAUUGAAUAAAUUAUUGUUUUAGGAAUGGUAAAUAGACAUGUGUGGUUGUGAUUACGAGAAGAAAUGAGCAGACGCUGGCUCUGACAACUACUAGACAUUCCUCUUUCAAAGGUUCCAUGGUUGCAACCAUGGUUCCUCUUUCCAGGCUGGCAAAGCUCGGAAAAUUUACAGCUGACUACAGAUGGUAUUUCUACAAACAUGCCAAUAGCUAGGAAAAGCAAUGCAGAUAUGUUCUUGUAGCAAUCAAAUCUCUUUCUCUCUGAAAAAUACGGCACAGUAUAUAUUUUUCACAUGUUUUUGUUUAUAUCUACAUUUGAAUUCUUUAGUAAGUAAUUGAAAAAAAUCUGUUUGUUUCUUUAGUUAAAGACUAUCACAAGUAGAAUAUGAGAAACUUUUUUCAAAGAUUGAAUAUUUUUCACUUAAAUUGAAACUUUUUCUAAUACUAUGCAACUACUAUCUGUUACUUGAGCAUGAAGAGGUUUAAUUUGAUGCAACUGAUAGGAAGAAUUUACAUGCUUGUUGUAAAUAUGUCAUCUGUAGCUUAAAAUCUUCCAGAUGCCAUCAUUUCCUCUUCUGCUGCCGACACCAUUGGUAAAUGUAAUUUGCCUAUUUUGUUCACAGGAUAAACUUGAAAUAUUUUGAAUAAAUAUUGGUAGCUGCUGAUAAGUCAAUAUUUCUCCAGCAAGCUUGUACAUUUUUUUCCAUACAACCAAGUACCAAAAAUUGAAGUAGAUCAACUAAGGAUUUUUUCCCUAUUAAAAAUAAUAGUUUCCUCUACUGAAAAACAUCAGGUUCCCUUUUCACCUGUACCAUACUCACUUUCAGAAUGAUUUCAUAAUUUUAUGAAUCCUUUAUAUGCUUAGUUGAUAUUUUUGCCAGGACUUGGUUUCAUAUUCUCCCAUAAAUUUUUAAUACAUAUUUUAGAUAUACUAUCAAAAUGAAAUUUCUAGCUUUCAGCAGCUGAUGCAUUUUCCAGGACAGUGAUAAUACGCUGUUGUUUCCAACUUUUAAUGUACUUAUCUAUAAAUAUAAUUUCUAAAAUAGAAAAAUAUAUCAUCUUCGAUUCAAUUUGAGUGAUGGUUAUAUGUGACAUUUAGAAGGAAAGGACUGUGAAAUUUCACAGGCGUUUUUCUGCAAACCUGAGGUAUUCUAUUUACUAAGGUGGAGAAAUAUAUAUGCAGUAAAAGGCAAGAUAGGGCCAGUGAGGAGUAAAACCACAAUUUGUCAAAUAUUAGGUUUUAUUUGUAUGGCAUUUAAUUUUUUUACAACUUCUCUGCUUCUCUUCAGUCAUUCUCUAAAGGAAGGUUUUCAUUGCGUCUUAGUGUAUUGAUUUUUACUUAUACAAUGGAGCUAAUAGACUAUCAGAACUUAAUUUUGGUAAGUACAUGCAUGUAAAACUGUGAAGUUCUGAAAAAAUGGAAAAAACAAGAUGAAAUAGUACCUUCAAGAGAAUGAAUUCUUUGUUCCUAAGAAAAGUAAAAUUUUAAGGAAAGCAUUUAAAAAAAAUAGCAAUUUUCUAGGGUUCAGAAAUGAUGGAGGUUUUAAAAACUUGAUAUUUCAGAUAUGUAAAUAAUUGACCAGUAAUUUAUUUUUUAAUUGGAAAUCUACACCAAAAGGAUUAUUUUCUGUGAAAAUGUUGAUCAAUCAAUUUAAAGUAAUUAUGUAAGUCUCACUGCUCCACUUCUUUUCUAAUUUCACCUUUAGCAUCCUCUGUUCCUUGUAUUGUCUUAACUUUAUUGUCUUUUUUAUCUUAGCUCCUACGAGUUUGUUUUAGUUUCUAGCCCUAAUCAUCAUAGAGAUAUUAAAACAGACAUAUUUUGUCCUGAAUUGCAUAAUGUGUUUGUCCAAGAGAAAGGAAAAAUAUGUUCUACUCAAAGCAUGACUGCCCCUAUGAUAAGGAAAAAAGCAGCCUCUCCUUCUUGUUUAAGAGACAGAAGCAUCCAGUAGCUCACACCUAGGUAGGUCUGAAACAGCUCUGCAGGCGUCUCCAGCAUGCCAAAGAAUUUUGAGUGUUAUUGGAUAUUUACUAGUGGGUGGCUGUUGCAUACCUAGAUAUCUGUAGAUUGGGAAAUAUCAGGUACCUAUUCAAUCUGUAGUCAUCUACAUAAUAACACCUAAAUUUGUGUAAUUUGAAAGGUGAAUCCCAUCAUGAGAGACCCAACUCAAGAUAUUUAAGGCAAAUCUAUUUAAUAAUUUUCUUUACCUGGAUUCGUGACAUGAGGAUACAUAUUUGUGGGUUUUCAGUUGCUUACAGAAAGACAAAGGAUCCUCCAUUAGAUGUCCUUGUCUAGAAUCCCUUCUUCCUAUGGAAAUAAGAGUAUUUUUAAUAUAAACUUGUCUGAAUUUGAGUUAUAAUUAAAGAAACAAAUACAAUAUACUUUAUUUAGUAUUGGAAAUAGGGAGUUAUCCAUAAAAAUAAUGAAUUUAGGGACCUUUUUAGACACAUACAGGUAUUAUUUGAUGCUGAAAAUAAAAAUUAAUAUAUGCAAAGAAUGAAGACAUUUUAAAUACUUGAUUUUGGGUGACUGCAUUAUUCAUAGGAAACAAAUACUAAAACAAAAUAUGUCUUUAAUCCCAGUCACACUGAAGAUUUUAGGAUGAUGUGAUGAAAAUUCACUGGUGAGAAAAAAAAAAAAAAAGUGGGAUUUAUCCAAAAAAUACAUACAUUGUUUCUGUUAAUAUAAAAAAAAUAGGUUUUAUGUGUUCAGCAUUAAUAGAUUCGCAGUCUUGUUAAAAUAUAUUGUAAGGACACGAUAAGCUUAGUGAGAUCUAUAUAGAAGUACAUUCAUGCUCUUAUUUUUGUGGUUAAAAUAAGAACAAAGAGUAGAGAGAAGCCGUAAAGUGCCCAAGGCUCUCAUAUUGUUACGAGUUUGAGAACAAAGUGGUCUGCUGAGGACACCUGUCUUUCUGCUCCUGUGCACAACUAUAAGUCUUGCACUUAAACUUGGAAGAGAGAAGAUCUUAACAAAUCUCAAAAGAACUUCUGUAGUAGGAGAAAAGAAGCACGUGUCCAAUUUUCAUUGCAAUUUAACACAGCAGAAAUUAUUUUACUCCUAAUUGGCUUCCACUACAAUAAUUUCACCCAUUACAAUGGUCAACCUAGUGUAGAGCCAGGACUAGAGAACACCUUUGUCAAUUUCAAAGGACUGCAAAACAAAUCUAAUGAUAAAGAUUGACUAUGUCCUAUUUCUAGAGAAAUUCCAUAUUCUUAAAUAACAUUUUCUUUCUAACUUCCAAGGUUCUAUUGUGAUGUCAAAUAUUUUUUUAUCAUUGCUGGAGUUUUUCCUUUUUUUUCCCUUUUUAAUUUUUUUUUUUCCCAAGGCAUUACCACAAUACACAAAUAAAUGUCAUUAAAAUAAUGGAAGGAUGCUUGGAUGUAUCACUAAGAAAUAUUUUAAGUGUUGACAUAAUGAACACUGGUUUUUCAAAGACAUUUGUGAAGGUUUUGUUAAAUAUUUCCUUUAACAUCAGGAAACGAAACAUUUGUGCACCAUUUUGAAGUUUAAGAGUUUGAAGUCCAACCUGGCACUUCCAAGAAUAAAAAAAAUGAUUCAUAGUUUAGCUCAAAUUAUGUUUCAUCAUGUGACUUUGCUAUGUACAAUAUCUUCUUUUCAAUAUGCUAGGUGGCCAUACAAGUAGGACUUUCUGUGACUUCAGGUAGAAGUAUUUUCUGAUAGAUUUCAUUCUCAUCAUUUAUUCUGUGUAGUUAGACAGACAUGCUACAUAUGUGAAAGUGGGCUUUUGCUGUUGACAGUGAGGGAUGUGCCUCCAUCUAUUGACAAAGUAACAAAUGCUAAGUUUCACUGCCAAUCUUCUCAAGACCAUGCAUAAACUUUAUUGCAGGUAUACAACAGAGGCAAAAGUGUAACAUGAGCCUGUGCCCCUAUGCAGUGCAUGGGGGUGUAUGCAAGGAAUUUUUCAGGUAUAAGAAAUAUCAGAAUUCGGAACAUCUGAAUUUAGUUUGAGUUCUGAUACAACAUACUUAAAUUGCUAGAUCAAAAGCCAUUGACAUUAGUAACAGUCUUUUCAAUGUUUACAGUGGGUAUACUAUCAGGUCUACUAUAUGUACAGAUUAUAUGUAUGUUAUGUACAGAACUCAACUGACUCCCAAACUAAACCUGUCUUUACAUAAAGGUUGAACUGUUAGAGAAUACAAUGCCCUCAGUCUGAAGACUCCUAUCACUUCAAUAAAAAAAGAAUGAGAUCCUUAAAUGGUAGAGACAGAAUGUUAUCUUCUAUCAGAGAAUAAAACAGUGACUAGAAAGACUGUAAAUGUAUUUUGUAUAUGUAAAGCAUACUACCUACCACAGAAGUAGAUUCUCAGAGUAAUUAAUACUGUUGAUCAAUAAAUUACCUUUUGAAUCACUUGGGAA